GACAAAAACAUCAUCACAAUCCAAGGACUUGUACAAGGGCUUGGCUGUCAUAUUUUGACACAGUAUCAUAAUCUACGUACAGCUAUAGACGUGUUUCAUGAAAGAGUCAUGCGAAUCGUUAAUCCAGUAAUUCACUCAACAAUUACAAUCGAACCGAAAGGAACUAUAUUUCCAUCACAAUAACAUCAAAGAGAUCAGCAUAUUAGAGUCACCUUUUUUCCCCCAAGUUAAAGAUUCCGAAAGACCAUAUUCAAAUGCAGGUAGUUGCUAUGGAAACGGAGGAUACCCCGAUGCUGUCGUUUAUUUCCAAUAAAACCGGCUGGAAUCCGUCCUUUCCAAGAGAUCAAUCACAGCACUUGGAUAUUACAACAUUUCUACCAAUCGCUGUUGACAGUCAGCAGCAUCAUCUUGUAGAUUCGGUCCUACUAGAAAGAUACAUGAACGGGUUUAUGGCUAUAAUAAUUAUCGUUCUCGGUCUUAUUGGCAACAGUUUGACAGUGAUAGUAUUGACUAGAAGAACAAUGCAUUCAUCCACAAAUUGUUACCUUACAGCACUGGCUGUCUGGGAUGGUAUGGUGCUCCUGGGAACGUUCUGUCUAAUGGUGUUGCCACAGCUGUCAAUUGGAUUUAAAGGAUAUGUGUUUCCGUAUAUUGUCAAAUAUAUGUACCCGUUCGCCUUAAUUGCUCAAACAGCAACUUUAUGGUUGACCGUAUCUUUCACGGUUGAGCGGUACAUAGCCGUCUGUCACCCACUUAAAGCAGCUCGGAUGUGCACUAUAGCCAGAGCACGACUCGUUAUUGCCUUUGUGUCUGUGACGUCAUUCCUAUUCAACGUAAAUCGGUGGUUUGACUAUGAGAUCAUCCGCCGAGAUAAUAACACAACGAACACCACAGAACUGGAUUAUGCGUUUACAGAUUUCGGAAAAAAUAACGUAUACCGUCAAGUCUAUUUUUUGUGGCUUUAUCUUUUCGUUAUGUUCUUCAUACCUCUUACAUCAUUAGCAGUUUUAAAUACAUUUCUUAUCUUUGCGGUAAGAAGGUCACACCAGCAGCGGAAAGAUAUGAACGUCAGGCAGUCACGUGAAAAUAAUGUGACAAUCAUGUUGGUAUCUGUUGUCAUAGUGUUUAUGAUAUGCCAAUUACCUGCUUUGGUGUACAACGUAGCGUUUUCUGUGAAUAGUUAUGUCAUACAUAUGUACGGGUGGCAGAUUCUGUCAACAAUUCGUAAUUUCAUGGUUACAUUCAAUAGUGCUAUAAACUUCAUACUCUACUGUGCUUUUGGACAAAAAUUCCGAAGAACUUUCAUUCGGACGUUCUGUAGAUGUCUUGUUCACGGAGAAAACUUUAAUUCUUUAACUUAUCCACACUCAACAGUUUUAGCUUCAACUACUACAGGAAAUAAGUAUAGAGUGUUAAAAGGUAAAAAGGGAUUGCAUUAUCAGAUGGCGGACUUAUCAUGUACUCAUAACACACUUAUUUCUAAAUAUACACCACAUUCCAGAACCGAUUUACUACCUUUACCAAAAGUAGGCCGUCAGAAAUUUGAAAAUGGCCGCUGUCGUAACAGAAACUAUGACUACAGGGGAAGCAUUCAAGAAGAAUCAGAACUCUGUGACAUGAUCAAAACGCCAAACUCUAGUUGUCCACCGUCACCCAUUUAAAAUAUUUGUUUUCUUUCAAUGUUAUUAUAAAUUACAGCUCAAAAGAAAAGACAGUACGAUGUUAAAGCUCACAGGUACUCCAAAUGGCAAAAAUGUCAUCCCUUUUAUUAUACAGUCCCGUUUUCACGAAUUAUGUCAAACUGUUAUUGUUAUAAACGUACAAUUUGAAA